CUGGUAGGCACUCAAACGCCAGGACCACCGGUCAUUGGGCCUGAGCGGAGAAGGCGGGCCUCAUCCGGAACCGUGAUUGGUCGCGGUCCCGGGCGGGCGAUCUGAGGCUGCUGGGUGCUGGCUGUAUGGGGCGGCGGCGGAGCCGAGUGGAAGGGGCUGCCCGGGCCCUGCCUGAAGCUGUCGCAGCGCUGAGUCGGUCCCUACCAGCUGGGCCCAGCCCCGAAAUCUUCCGCCGCGCAAAGUUUGAUCGACCAGAGGCGGCUCCAGUACUCUGGCAACUUCUCUUGCGUGUGCUCACACCGCUUGCUGCAAACAAUACCUGGACCGACCUUGCCCCAGAGGCCCAAGCCCGUGUGGUGAAAUCAGCACUGGGCUCCCGAGGCUACCCCAGGUCUGUGCUGCUACAAUUUCCCGACGGCAGUUCUCAGGGAAGCCGGGAACUGCUGCUGGCCCUGUCCUGGCUCCUGGCCCAAGGACCCUUGCUUGAGCAGCUGCUUGCCCAGACCCGUGUGCAGCUGGGUGACCAGUUGCCUCAGUGUGAGGCCCUGACCAGUCCUGGACCCCUUGCACGCCUUGUGGCUACAAAGAGCCCUGUGGAUCUCCGCCUGGUGGAAUGGCUGAUGGGAAAGUUGCGCUUUAGGUGGAGGUGCCUGAUCUCGAGUCAGCGGGAGCAGUGUACCCUCCUCAGUAAGAUCCACCUGUAUACCCAGGGAUGCCACAGCCAGCAGAGCCUGGGCCAUCUUUCCGUCGCUGAAACAGAGAUGCUUAGAGAUCCAGAGAGCAGUCAGCAGCUUCUGCACGCCCUGGAGAGCGAGAACACCCGGCUGGAGGCAGCUCUGGAGUGGCGGCGCUGUGAGCUGGUCUUCUGGCAGUGGAUGGAUACAGUUUUGGAUGCCUGUUCCCCCGAGACUCCUGCUGUGACCUCACAGCCUACAGCCCUGCCCGUGAUCUCGGAAGGUGGGCUCGGUGAGCUGGAGUCCGUGAGACAAGAACUGCUGGCCCUGCAGGAGGAGCUACGGGAAGUGGCCGAGCCCCGGCGGGCUGCGUGGGAAUCCCGGGUUGGAGGCCUAGGUCAGGGGCCAGAGUGGAGCAACUCAAGGAAGGCCUUGCGGGAGGUCGUCGAACGGGAGUUGGCAGACCUGCAGGGGUCCUGGAAGCUCUGCAGUACCCCUGCCCAGCCACAAAGAGCCCAUCGACUGGUGAGAUGUAAAGAUGGGGCACCAAGACCCCAGGGCCUACAGGCAGCCGAGGUGAUCAGGACACUGAGCGCCAAGGAGGACUGUCUGAAGAAGGCGUUGCACCAGCUACAGUGUCAGUGUCAACAGGAGCUGGCCAGGCUGGCCGGUGCUCUGCCUGGCUUGAUUUGGAUUCUGCCCCCUGGACACUGAAGGCCCCCAAGAUGUACCCAUCUGUGUAGAGCUUGGGUAGGAUCUCAGAGGAGCAGACCGGGGCUGCAUGGAGCAGAGGUCCAGGCGUGUGCUCCCUCCAGGGCCAGAGCCCUUUUCCUGCAGUUCUAGUGUUACAACGGGCUGGUCCCCCUGAAAGGUUUGGAGGGGACCUAUGUGUACACAGUGGAGCUGUUCCUGGGGACAUCGGGCUGCUUCCCAUUAUCUUCCUCCUUUUAGCAUAUUAGGUAUGUGUAGUGUAUGGCUGGCACCAUGCCGUAAUCACAUAUGCCCCAAAGUACAGGAAGUCAUGGGCCUCUCCUGA